AAAAGGAAAGUGAAGCUACUACAGGCCAGAAGUCCUGCUCAGACUUGUAAACACUCCUUCCUCAUGCUAUGUGGGAGGAGCCACUCACUGAGAGAAGAGAAGUUGCAAGAGUUCCCUGAAACCCUGAAAGUGAACGGUUAUACAACACAAAGAGGAAAAGGCAGAGUGGGCCAGUCAUGGACACGGUGACAAAUAUUUUGGGUGCGGCACAAACCAUCUAUGCUCUGUUUGAGCGGGUGAAGUGCUGUAAGUGCCAAAGCCGACGCCUUGUGGAGCGCGUCCGGAUUCUGAUGCGGCCCAUUGAGACUCUGCAGGCUCGAUCCACCAAGACGGUCUCUCCCCAACUGGAAGAGAUGCUGCAGAAACUGCUGAGCGUCCUGGAAAAGGCCAAGAAUCUGCUUGUGAAAUACAGCCAGCAGAACUGGAUGCAGAAACUCCUGAAAGCCAAUGAAUGUUUGGAAGAGUUUUCAAGCGUGAAUGAGCAACUCAGCGAUGCUGCGGAAGGGCUGUCGUUGCUACUGCAAGUGGAACAGACCUUCAAGAAGAGUUUUCAGAGAGAUGUCCUGCGCCGGGAGGACAGCCAAGACUUUGAGGCUGACAGGGCAUCUUUGGAAGAGAUGCACAAAAACAGCAAGGACACCAGGGAUGGUGUGGAAAACAUCCAGCGUGAAGUAGUACAACUUCAGAAUAAACUGGACAAAGUUCUGCAAAAGUUGGAUGCAGGACAGAGAAGUUCCUUAGCGGAUGUGGAAACUGUCGAGAUUGAAAAAAGACUUCUCACUAAGUGGACUCUUUUGAGGGAGUUCGAUAGCCAUGUGCUUUAUAAAGGAGAGUAUCACAAGUCCCCCGUGGCUAUCAAAGUCUUCAAAAACCCAGUGAUUACCAGCACACAGAAAGUGAGAGAGCUCUUCAGCAAGGAGAUCAAAGCGAUGAAGAGAUUUGAAUCGCCUCACAUCCUUCGUAUGUAUGGCAUCUGCAUAGACGAGAGCGGUUCAAGACCUGAAUUCUCCAUUGUCACAGAAUAUUGUGAGAAAGGCACCUUGCGGGAGGUGGUGAGGAAAGAACCAGACUUACCCUGGAAGAUUCGCUUACAAAUGGCCCUUCAUGCUGCUGUUGGCGUGUACAGGUUGCACCAGACUGGGGACAAGUCUCAGCUGCAUGGCUCAAUCAACAGCAACAAGUUCCUGGUGGCUGAAGGCUACAAUGUCAAACUGUCAGGCUUUGAACUAUCUCAAACAGAAUCAUCUCUCCGACGGAAACACAAGGAGAAAAAAGAGAAAGAAAUCUCUCCUUCUGCCUACGUGUGCCCCCAGGGGCUGGCAUCAGUGAAUCACAUAUAUGACUUGCCAAGUGAAAUCUACAGCUUUGGCAUUGUGCUUUGGGAGAUUGCAACUAGCAAGACCCCUUUUAGAGGGUGCACUUCACAGGAGAUCUAUCAGAAAGUUUGUAAGGAAGGCUACCAAGAACCCCUGGGAAAAGACUGUCCUGCUGGCCUGCUGGAGGUCAUCAACCUCUGUCGGAGCUACCAGCCUUCUAAACGCCCAUCAGCUGAAGCGAUUGUGGAUGCUCUCUGGUCCAUCUCUUCCACUACAACCUUGUGAAAAGACAACCUGAGAUGUCUGUGGAGAAAAUGAGAACUUGUUUCCCGCAAAGGCUAUGGGACAACAUUGCUGACUCCACGGAGAACUGAUUUGUGGUAUGACUGGUCUAGAUAUGGCCAGGAACGUUUUCUUUUUCGCCCUGGACUACAAGGUAGAAAUAUUCUCUGUGCAGUCUGGCACAGUGCCUCUAUUUCUAAACUCGCAAUAAAUGGUUCAGAAAACUUAUAGAAUUGUUAUAGUUUUUUUAGCAGCUUCUCAUUUCAUUACUAUAUAUUGCAUUACAGGGUUAUAGGGAAUGGAGUCAAGUGUAAAGAGAUGGAGGUCUUUUAGCAAGACUGAUAUAUUGACAUGUAUAAUUACUACAAAUACUUACAUUGGAUGAGAUUAAAUAUUUUCUGUGGAAGCGAUUCAUUGGAAUGUAUAUGAGAACCAGGGUGGUAUAGUGGUUACUGGGUCAGUCUAGAAUCUGGGAGACUCAGGUUUGAACCCCCGCUCUGCCAUGGAAACUUGCUGACUGACCCUUGGCCUGUCAGCCUGACUUACCUCACAGGGUUGCUGCAGGGUUGCCAACCUCCUGGUGGCACCUGGAGAUCUUCUGCUAUUACAACUGAUCUCCAGAAGACCAAGUUCCGUUCCCAUUGAGAAAAUUGCUGCU